CUCUUCAAUCUUGCAGUCUCGCUCCUGCCUGCGGUCACAUCUUGUUGCCAGAUCUUCCCUGACGCGGUGACACGGUGUUUCUGUGUUUCUAUGCACGCUCUGCGUCAUUUUCCUUCGUUUUAAUCAAGUUUAUUUUUGCAGAACAGCUCACCGAGGCGCAGCUCCGCAUUUUGUGUCCUCGCCUCGCAGCACAUUGGGAGUCGCUUUGGAUGUUUGGCUGCGGCGGUGAGAGAAAACCCUGAUCCAUCUUAAGACCUCUCAGCUUUAACAUUCUGAUUUAGACUCGGUUAUAUAACCAGGUGCAUACCGGUGUGUUGUGCGCCUCUCUUUCUGGUUCGUUCAUUCCUCAUCCUUUUUAUUCUGCUGUAGCAAGACUAUUCCCGUCCGUGUUCAUGCCAGAUCUGCAGCGCUUUAGUUUCCCUUACCAUAGCAUGAAUCCUUUGUUGGAGGCGAACACGCAUCUCCAUCACCAGAGUGCAGCCCCCUCUCACCCGGACUCCCCCUCAGGCCUCCUGCCCGACACCCUGCUCGGUGGACCGGACGCGGCGUCCUUUCUGCUGGGGGAUCAUCCGGGGCCUGAUCAUCUGGGGCCUGACUUUACCGCACCCUCCUCUUACCUCCAUCACAACAGCCUGUACCAUCACCGCGCGGCACCGCACCCCCCCGCCGCCAUGGCGCUCAGAAACGACCUGGGCUCCAACAUCAGCGUCCUGAAGACCCUCAACCUGAGGUUCAGGUGCUUCCUGGCCAAAGUGCACGAGUUGGAGCGCAGGAAUAAGAUUUUAGAGAAGCAGCUGCAACAAGCACAUGAUGCCAACAAGGGCUGUCAGGGGGGGUGCUGUGACAGCAGGGGGUCUUCCCAGGAGGCGGGGGUGCAGACUGGGUUUGUGGGCUCCAUCCCUCUGAGGCCCGGCUCUCUCCCCUUCCACAACACCAACAACUCAGCCAGGAGGCCUACAACACUGUUCACACCUACACACAACAUCACCCUGCCAUCUGAGAGCUUCACCUCCACCCAGAGUAAUUACACUUCCUGUAACCCGGCCAUCACCAUCAGCCAGGCCUCGCCCUGUGUGGACUCCCCUGGAUCCGGCUCUAAAAGUUUCUCCAGCACCGGCUCCGGCCCGGGGAGCACCACCAACCCUCCUCCACGCUUCCUGCCUGGCACCAUCUGGUCCUACAACCACACCCGUAAGAUGGGCCCCUCUGCAGGCCUGAGCAGCCCCGGGGUGUCCUGGGAGCAGCCGGAUGGAGUCGGGGUCCAGAUCGAUACCAUCACCCCCGAGAUCAGAGCCCUGUACAAUGUGCUGGCCAAGGUGAAGAGGGAGAGAGACGAGUAUAAACGCAGAUGGGAAGAGGAAUACACCAUGAGGGUGGACAUGGAGCAGAAAAUGACUGACCUGCAAGAGGACCUGCAGGAGAGCGAGGGCUGUCAGGAUGAGCUGGCUGUCAGAGUCCAGCAGCUGAAGGCAGAGCUGGUGCUCUUCAAAGGCCUCAUGAGCAAUGUGAGCACCAACCUGUCAGACUUGGACAGUAAGAUCCAGGAGAAAGCCAUGAAGGUGGACAUGGACAUCUGCCGCCGGAUCGACAUCACCGCGCGCCUCUGUGACGUGGCUCAGCAGAGGAACUGUGAGGACGUCAUCCAGAUGUACCAGGUUCCUAACAACCAAUCAUCCCUGAACUCUCGCCGCAAACAGACUCCUCUGUCCUUCAACGGCAGCGAGUGUGACGAGUCCGUGAGCACCUCGGAGAGCGAGGGGGGGGGCGGCUCCUCGGCCAAUCAGAUCAACGAGGAGAUGCAGAGGAUGCUGAACCAACUGCGUGAGUGUGAGUUUGAGGAUGAUUGUGACAGUCUGGCCUGGGAGGAGACUGAAGAGACCCUGCUGCUUUGGGAGGACUUCCCAGGUGGCACUCUGCCUCCUGACCCCAGCCACCCACCAGGAGAGCAGGAGGACUGUCUGGAGAAGGUGAUCAAUGACACAGAAUGUCUCUUCCAGUCCCGAGAGAAGGAAUACCAGGAGACCAUCGACCAGAUUGAGCUGGAGCUGGCCACAGCGAAGAGCGACAUGAACCGACACCUGCACGAGUACAUGGAGAUGUGCUCCAUGAAGAGAGGCCUGGACGUCCAGAUGGAGACCUGCAGGAGACUCAUCACUCACAGCGGAGACGAAGACAGUGACCCUGCAGCUCCUGCCUCCGCUGAGCGAGGCGAGCAGAGAGAAAGCAACAGAUCUUCAUCGUCUCCGCCCUCUUCCUCGAACUCUGGCAGAUCCUGACCCCUCCUCACAGUGACGGCAGUGAGGGGGGCUCCACCACAUCCAGCUACAGUACCACACCAACGCAACACACACUCCUGUAACAAAGGCAACACCAUGUUUACAGACGAGCCGCUUCAUUUACGCAGUCGUGCUGGAAAUCCUUCCUGCAAACGACAAGAUGUCAAAGCCCUGCGGAGAGGAGAGGUCUUGUGAUCCAGAGUUGGAUAGCGGUAGAUACAUGUGUGAAUCAAGAAAUCUAUAAUUGGAUUUUCUUGUGAAAAUACUUACGUUUGAAGUAGUUUAUUGUAAGUAAACAGGCUAAAUGCAGUGCAGAGAUGUAGGCUGCAGGAAAGCAAAGCAUGAUGUAUUCACUCCACAAAAAAGAAUAGUUAAACUACUGGGCAUCUGAAAAUAAUCAAGCAACACUUGCUGCAAGGUCACUAAGAAUCCACUCCACACAAAUAUACAUGCCUGUAAUUUACCUUCUAUCACGAAACAAACAAAAAACUAUGAUAGGGAUAGUUUAAGUGCUGCAACAACGGCUAUCCUGGAGUGUAUUUCUGAGUGUUAUCCGUCAGUUUGAUAAUAUAAUGAUAAGCUUAGGACUUUAAAGUGUAAAAAUAAGUCAUGAUUCAGCAUUUUACUGCCUAACAGCUUGCUUUCUGUCUUUGCAGUACCAUUUUACACCACAGGCAAAGCAAAGGGGUAAAGUCACAAAUGCAUUAUCACAGAUGUGCUCGAAAUAUUAUGAAUAAUUUAAACAUGAGCUGUGGUGCAGCAGAGUUGUGCCUCUGAAUGUCAACAUGUCACUUCCCUCCUGCCAACAUGAGGAAGGUAUAAUCCUGAAAACACUGUUGGUGUUCUGCAAAUCACCAAACUGGAUUUAACGUGAAUAAUCCACGGUUAAUCACGUUAUCCAUUGUGGAUUUACUUAGGAUUUCCUGGCUUACCUCGAUGUUAGCGUUGCAAUAAAACUACGAAUAAAUGUCUCAUCAUGUCACAACAUUUUAACAACAUUGGCAGUAAGCGUUAGGCAUCAUUUUGGUCGCUAAUGCACACCAUACUAGCAUUUCAACCCUUAAACUCAGAGAAAUGUUUCCAAGAAAAGCCAACCACGUCAAUUUGUCAGUGAAAUUUAAACAAUUAUUUGGAAGUGUAGCACUUGCAAGGUAAUUAAACUUGCAGAUAAAACUCUAAAAGGUGCGUUUUGAAACCCAAAGUCUCUGGUAACAACGGCCGUUUCAAAGAGGGAAGCAUGCAUACAUUUCAGAUUUAUAAACACCUUAUUGACGCUGAUCUGGAGUCAGUUGAGGCUCUUUUUCUGCUGUGGGAUGAAAUAAUAAUAAUAAUAAUAAAGUACUUUAGCCGUAAUGCUGAAUCAUUGUAAAAGCUGAACACAUAGAUGGUCAUAAAAUAAAGUAAGUUAGCUGUUGAGUGCCAAAAUAAAAUGGUCAGAUGUGAACAGAAAAUGGCUGUGUUAAAAAAAAAAUCAUUAUAGCUGCCGAAGCUAUUUCAACAAGGUGCUUGAUGUGUAUAACUGAUCUAUUUUUGAGCCUUUUUGCACAUAGAAAGAAAGAGCAGAGCAAAAAUGUAUAUGAAACAAUCAGCUUACUUAAACAUGUUGGAAAUAUACAAAUAUAUUUCCUCUGUUCAUAUUUCCUCAUCCUCCACUGUACCUGCAGGUGGGAUACUAGAAUAAUGAAUUUAACGAACACAUACCUCAUUUUUACUUUUCUCCGCGCACAUUUAACCAUGAACUUUAAGUCCGACACACUGCUACAGUAAAGCAGUAUAUUAGCGUACUGCUGGAAAUCUUCACUGCUCUAUUAUCGGACACUGUUGUCUAAAUGUAUUCCUGGCUGUAUUUUCCUCUGUGUGGUUGCAUCAGGUGAAAUAUGUCCUCUGCUUCUGCUGCGACUCACACUUCAACUCUUUGUUUCAACGAUAAAGAAAGGCUACGGAAGCCCUGAAAGGCAAACUAGACAAACGCAUUGGAGAUCUGUUUUCAAAAUCUAAUGUUUACUGUUUUCGCUCCUGUGUUUGGGAGGCGUGUGGCGCAGUGGGUUGUUUAUCCUUGAAAAUGGGUGGGAAAAGGUUUUAUGCCAGUCUUCCUUCAUUUUCUUUUCAAAUGGACGGAUAUUUUUUGCCUUGAUCAUUUUUUAAAUCUGUUAAGUAUCUUUUUCGUGUUUGUUGUUGCAAUGCUCUUUUUUGCCACCAUAUUACACCACUACCUCAAUGGCACUAAAACCGCUUAAGUUUUUCUUACAGGUCAGUCUUACUUUCUCAGUGCACUGUAAAUACAGGAUACGUAUAUUGUGCGUUAGCAAGUUAAGCUAGUUACGCUACAUUACUGUAAUCUUUUUUUUAACUCACCUGAAAGACAACACUACUGUUUUAGUUUUAUUUAGAGGUGGUUUAGUGGUUUAUUCUGGUGACCGAAAUAAGCAUUGCAACAACAAAAGUUAGGAAAAUAAAAAAAUGUCACCACGAAAACGUAUUUUUCCACCGGUUUGUGCAGAUAAAAAAGGCUAAUUUAGAAAUGUAAUAGCGCCAAAACGUAUUUUUACUGAUAGAAAAAAAAGGUAACUUGAAAAAUGAAAGCAUAAAAAAAUAAAAUUCUUGUUUAAAAGAACUUUAUUUGUAUCUCUUCAUAAGUUAAAGAAAAACCAAAAAGAACAUUUUCAGAUCAGACUUAAAAAAUGAAUUACCACGAUAUGUAUGUGUCCUCGUUUGUCUUUCAGGGCUUCCGUAGCAACCGUAUGACGACAGAUUUUAAUCGUAUAUAAACUGCAUGUGUGGCUGUUGGAUUAGCUGAAUGCUAAUAGCAGUGUUUCCACUACUGUUUGAAUGCAGAAGGAGGAUGUCAGAGACAAACUGAGUGAGACGGAAAACACCAUUUCCCUUUGUAUAGUUUAACGCACUGAGUGAGUCUCUAUGUAUGCAUGUGCCAGUGUGUAUGUUUUCGGGUGUUAUGUACAGUGAGUGUUUUUAAAAAGACUUUUACUUGGGCAAAUGUACAACAUGAAGAAGAAGGAAACGUAACAAGUCCAAUUUGAUGUCGUCUCUGUUUGAGACUGAGCUGUCUUUUUGACAAAUCACCUACAAAUUGUAAAUAUUUCAAAUUAAAAGACAAUGGAGUUCUUUUUUUCCCAUUGGAUCUUUUUCCUUAUGAGUGUAUGUGAUUGCCAAAUAAAGUCAAUUUAAAAAUAACUCAAGUUAUAAAAAACUAAACAAUAAUUACGGAAUUAAUUAAAUGCAAAUGCUUAAGCGAAAUGAACUGUACGAUGGCUUUGAUAUUAUUAUAAUGUGUAAUGGAAAUAUAGCUUUGAAUAUAGACUUGUGUUCAAAGACUGCAAAUGAAGAAUGUCCACAGUCACACACCUGGAAAGAAAACUCAACAUUAUCUAAAUUAAACGAAAACUAAAAGCACCUGAUUGGUCUUUUUAGUUGUCACUGUCAUUUCUUUCACAUAUUUAAAGAAGCAUUUGGAUUGAAUUUGUGUCAAACAGCAAUUAGAUGAUAACUCUGAGUAUUGAUGAGGUGCUCCAGAUGUGUGACGAAGCAGCGUUAAACAUCCAGACAGUAAUUUAGGCUAAAAGGCUUCACUGCAGAGCUACAGUAUGUAACGUGUCGAGAGAGACUGAACGAAUAAAAGAUGCAACUGAGCAACAA